CACUAUAUAAUUGAUUGACAUUACGAUUAUCUUGCUUGUCUAUGGGUUUUUUCAUCUUUCUCCUCGCGGCCGCUCGGAGGAAGAAUAACUGAAUCUGGCGUCGACGGCGUAAACUUACAGGUUGAUUAGCUACAGUACAUACGUACUGUAACGACUUGGCGCGGACAAGGACUGCUGGAGGAGACGAAAAAUGAUGCAUCAGCAAUCCAUGAUGGUUGGAGAUAUGCUUCCUGUUCAUUCUGAAAUACCUGUGCAUGGGGAGGAAAUGAACAACGUGGGCUACGAUAACAGCGGGCCGGGAUACGCCUACGAUGACUUGUUCCCGGCCUUGCCUCACUCGCAGCCACCUGUUCAGCGCAGCAUUCAGCAGGUCACCAAUAAGCUUCGUGUUGGAUCCUCUCUGCACACGCAGGUUUUCCAUGUGCCAUAUGAGGAAAGGAAAUUGGAUAAUGCCAACACAUUCGGAGAAGGUGAAUCUUUGAGAACAUGCCAGGCUAUUACAAAGGACACUGGAGCGCAUAUCGAAAUAUCAACCAGCAAGGAUGGCAGUCUGACUUUUCUUAUCACAGGGAAGCACAGUGCUGUUCUUGAAGCGAGGCGUCAAAUUUUGACUCAUUUCCAGCAACAGGCUAGCAAGCAAAUUUCGAUUCCUAAGGAACACCACCGUUGGAUCUUAGGCAAGCAAGGACAAAAACUGAAGGAGCUGGAGAAAGUGACUGCUACUAGAAUCAGUGUUCCAGGCAUCGCUGAUAACAGUGAAACAAUCACUAUAACAGGUACCAAGGAGGGCAUUGAAAAGGCUGAGCACGAAAUCAGGGUUUGCUCAGAAGAACAGUCACGCAAAGCUCUGGAGCGUAUCACUGUGCCAAAGAUCUACCACCCGUUCAUUCAAGGACCUUACGGCGAGCGUGCCGCUGCUCUUAGCAACGAAACCGGUGCACGCAUUCAUAUCCCGCCAGCUUCCACGCAGAGCGACGAAAUUGUCAUUGCCGGUGAAAAGAAUGGAGUGCUCGCUGCUAAGGCGCAAAUCGAACAGAUUUAUGAAGAUAUGGCAAAGAAAUGCUCCACUGUAAGGGUGGAGGUGCCUAAAUCUCAGCACAAGUAUGUGAUUGGCGCUCGUGGUACGACCAUCCAAGAGAUUCUGAAGGAAACUGGUGUGUCUGUUGAAAUGCCUCCACCUGAUUCUCCAACUGGCACAAUCACUCUCCAUGGUCCUCACAAUAAAAUUGGCUUGGCUCUGUCUAAGGUGUGCGAGAAAGCAAACUCUGUGAAAACUGCCACCGUGGAUGCUCCUACUUGGAUACAUAAAUAUAUUAUUGGAAAAAAUGGAUCUAACAUCAAAAAGAUCACACAGGAUUUCUCUAAGGUCCAUGUUGAUAUAACGCAUUCUGAAGAUAAGGUUAAGAUUGAUGGCCCCCCAGAAGAAGUGGAAAGAGCCCAGGUGGAACUGAAUGACUUUGUGAAAAAUUUGCUGGACACUCUAACCUACGUCGAACUCUCUGUUGACCCCAAGUUCUUCAAGCACAUCAUAGGCAAGAGUGGAUCUAACAUUAACAGACUGAAGGAUGAGACUGGUGUAGUUAUAAAUAUUGAAAAUGAAGGUAAUCAUGUGAUUCGUAUUGAGGGCAGCCACCAAGGUGUUGCUGAUGCAGAAAGGGAGCUUCGGGAGAUGGUAAUGAAAUUAGAAAACGAAAGAACAAAAGAGGUUUAUGUUGAUCAUAGAUACAUUAAGUCACUAAUUGGCGUAAGAGGAGAAAAAAUUAAGGAAAUCCGAGAAAAAUUCGACCGCGUUCUUAUUACUCUUCCUGAUCAAGGACAAAAAAGAAGCCCAAUUAAGUUAAGAGGACCUCAAGAGGAUAUUGAAAAGUGUGAAAAGUUUCUACACAAACUACUGAAAGAGAUUGCUGAAUCAUCUUACGUGCAAGAAGUACCUAUUUUCAAACAAUUCCAUAAAUUCAUCAUUGGUAAGGGUGGUGUUAAUCUGAGAAAGAUACGAGAUGAAACUCAAACCCAGAUCGAUCUUCCUGCUGAAGGUGAUGACAGCGAUGUUAUAACUGUCCGAGGCAAGCGCGAGAAUGUCGAGGAGGCCGUAAAGAGGAUACAACAAAUACACAACGAGAAGGCUAAUAUAGUGACUGAGGAAGUAACAAUACCGCCAAAGUAUUACAACUCAUUGAUCGGAGCCGGCGGUAAACUCAUUCAUUCUAUUAUGGAAGACUGUGGCGGCGUACUAAUCAAGUUUCCGGCCGCCGAUAGCGAGAGUGAUAAGGUUAUUAUAAAAGGUCCCGUUGAAGAUGUCGAGAAAGCCAAACAGCAGUUACUGGCGCACGCGUCCGAGCGGGAGCUCACUUCCCACACUGCCCAUGUCCGUGCCAAACCUGAACACCACAAGUUCCUGAUCGGAAAGAAUGGUGUUAAUAUUAAAAAGAUUCGGGAGCAGACUGGUGCGCGUAUCAUAUUCCCAACAGAAAAGGAUGAAGAUAAGGAAGCUAUAUUUAUUAUUGGCCGCGAGGAGCAAGUACAAGCAGCUAAAAAGCAAUUGGAAGCUGCCGUAGCCGAGAUCAGCAACGUGUCGGAGGGAGAGAUGACGGUGGCGGCGCGACACCACCGGCACUUUGUGGCGCGACGUGGCGAAGUGUUGCGCAGGAUUGCCGAUGACUGUGGUGGAGUACAGAUCUCAUUCCCUCGGCAAGGCGUGAAUAGCGACAGAGUCGUGCUAAAGGGACCUAAAGAAUGCAUCGAAGCUGCCAAGAUCCGCAUCAACGAGAUAAUUGAAGACUUGGAAGCCAAGGUGACGAUAGAAUGCGUGAUUCCCCAAAAGCACCACCGCACCGUUAUGGGUGCUCGUGGUUCCAAAGUCAAGGACAUCAGUGCCGAGCAUGAUGUGCAGAUCAAAUUCCCUGAUCGUGACUAUGCCGAAGGCGCCGAAGCUCUUCUGAGGAAUGAAGACGAGCCAGUUGAACCCGGACCUAAUAAUACUAUCAGGAUUACAGGACGCCCGGAGAACUGUGAAGCUGCUAAGAAAGCCUUACUGGAACAGGUGCCUAUAAAAAUUGAUGUGGAAGUGCCAAACGAACUACAUCGAUUGCUCGCCGGUCAAAAGAGAAGGGAGUUAAUGCAAACGUACGAUGUUCAUAUCCUUCUGCCGCCAAGUGAUGAAACCAGUGACAUUGUCAAGGUUACAGGGACUCCUACCAAUGUGGAAAAGGCUAAACAUGCAUUAACAGAUAAGAUUGUUGAAAUGGAAAAAGAAAAAAAAGAUAGGUUUCUCAGGUCAUUUGAAUUGAAAUUCAAAGUGGACCCUGAAUACCAUCCGUUGGUCAUCGGCGAGGGUGGCGCUGUGAUAAUUAAAAUUCGCAACGAUUAUGGAGUACAAAUAAACCUACCCAAGCGCGGCGAGCCUGAGGAUGAUAUCAUCACCAUUCAAGGUUACGAGGACAAGGCACAUCAGGCAAAGGAAGCCAUUAUGGCAAUCGUCCACCAACUAGACCACCAGUUCCGCGAUGAAGUGGAAAUCGACCCACGUGUACAUCGCCGGCUUAUUGGUGUCAAGGGCAGGAACAUUAAGCGUAUUAUGGACGAUUAUAAAGUGUAUAUUCGGUUCCCUAAGAACAGCGAAGACAGCAUUGUGGUCAUUAUUGGCGACGAAGACAAUGUUUUGGAUGCCAAGGAUCAUUUACUCAAUUUGGCUGAGGAAUAUCUGCAAGACGUUGCGGACCGCUACCAGCGGCCGGCGGCGCCUUCUCUAGGCGACUUCGGCGACCUGAGCGGAGACAGCGCGGCGCCCCCGCAGCCCUCCGCCGCCUCGCCGGCCGGCUUCGUGGUGACGGGCGGGCCCUGGGAGCAGCGCGCGCCCGACACCGCCUCCACGCACGAGUUCCCCACCAUGCCCGGCAGCGCGCGCGCGCCGCCCGCCGCGAGCGCGCAGCCGCAGCCGGCCGCCUGGGGGCCUCGCCGCUAAAUCAUAUGCCGCAGCCUUUCAACGUUUAGCUCGCAUCAUGUAUUUAAACUUUUUCACUUUUUAUUUCAACAGUGCGAACUUUAAAGCCGGUAAUGAUGCGCCAUUUACAAUGCUUGAUUUACCCUUUUAGCAUAAAUAAGGGGAGUUGCGACGCGAUAGUAAGUGAUCGAUCGUCUACAUGUUGCCUCAGAUGGUGACAGUUUUCAAUUGCGUAUGAAUUUUGCUGUAUGCUACUAACCCGUGUAACCUUUUUAUUGAUAUCUUCUCGCUACUCUAUUUUGCUACGAACAUGGAUUAAAGGUUAAUUUGGGAAUGUGAUCAAUUAUUCUCUCCCUUUUUUUAUUCUCGCUAAUAAUAAUUAAUUUUUCUUUAAUUUCAACCUGAUCACUAUUAUAAAAAUGAUCUUUUUUCUGGUAUUUUUUUCUAUGGUUGAAAGAAGGCUAAUCGAUUAUAAUUAUUUCAUUAGUAUUUGAUUAUGCCAUGUGUUAUUCAUAUGUCUAAUAUAUAAAAUCUGUAAUGAAAUACAUUCGACAAAUUUUUUGAUUAUGUUGAAUUAGGUAUGUAUUAUCAUUUUAACUUAGUGCAUCAUAAUUGACUACAUAACU